AACCGUCAUUUUCCUACUCGCCCUCUGACAUCAGCCACCUUCUCUGUAGCUGGUUUCUCUGCAGUCAAAUUAAUCCCUGGCGAUGAAAAAUGAACCUCUCCCCCACCCCUGCUGCCGCCUUUUGCCUCACGCCCCCAGAGAAGAACUUCUUCGCAAGGCAGCGGGUGAAGGUUUUUUUCCAAGUCACAUGAUUCAGGAUGCAGGGGGAAGAAUCCUUCUUGGAACCGAGAUGGGCCCAGAACCGAGUCAGAUGAGGAGAGAUAAGGUGUGAUGUGGGGAAGACUAUAUAAGAAUGGACUCAAGUCUGCAGCAGGCACUCAACGGAGUGGCCCCCUCUCAAGACACAGCCAUGCAUGUGCCGGCAGGCUCCGUCACCAGCCACUUGGGGACCACUGGCCGCAGUUAUUUCUAUUUAACCACAGUCUCACUGGCUGUGUGUCUCAUCUUUGCUGUGGCAACCAUUAUGGUGUUGGUAGUUCAGAGGACGGGCUCCAUUCCCAACCCACCGGACAACUUUCCCCUUAAAGGAGGAAAUUGUUCAGAGGACAUCUUAUGUAUCCUGAAAAGGGCUCCGCUGAAUAAGUCAUGGGCCUACCUCCAAGUAUCAAAGUAUAUAAACCAAACCAAGUUGUCCUGGAACAAAGAUGGCAUCAUCCAUGGAGUCAGGUAUCAGGAUGAGGAUCUAGUGAUCCAGGUCCCCGGAUUGUACUUCAUCAUCUGCCAACUGCAAUUUCUUGUGAAAUGCCCAGAACAUUCUGUUGACCUGAAGCUGGAGCUUCUCAUCAACGCAGAGGUCAAAAAGCAGACACUGGUGACUGUGUGUGAGUCUGGAAUGCAAACGAAAGCCAUAUACAAGAAUCUCUCUCAAUUCCUGCUGGUCCAGCUCCAGGUCAAUGCCACUGUAUCAGUCAGGGUGGAUAAAUUCCAGUAUGUGGACACAGACACCUUUCCUCUUGAGAAUGUGCUGUCCAUCUUCUUAUACAGUAGCUCAGACUGAAUCACUUCUCCUGCUCUUCAGGAAGAAAGCACUCUCUACUGUAUAGGACUCCAUCCAUCCCAAUGCUUGGGUAAAAAAACACAUUAGACCACAAAGAGACUGAAACCACAAAGGGUAUUAAGUAGUGCAUGUCUCUGUCUCCUCUGUCUCUUAGGAAGAUACAGUUCCAGGGUUAAAAGCGUUUUGAGUGAAGUAUCUUUCAGAUAAAAGGCAGGGAGUAUCAAGGUGUGGUGCACAGAGCUCCACAUGGGAAUAAGAAGGGAUGGGUUUAGAUCCCAGCCCAACUAGUAAGUCACUGAAUGACUUAGACUUAUUUCUUUGCUUUUCCUGGAACUCUGGACAUACACCUAAAAAAUAAAGAAACUGGAUUUGAAUCUUUUCGAAGUCUCUUCCAUCUCAGAAAACCAGGCUAUCUUCACAAAACUGGGAGCCACAAUCCCAAGUAGUGUUCUGGAAACCCUCAUGAUAGUAUAAAACAGACGAUAGGAUGGCAUCUGGCUGCCUGUCACCACAGCAGAGUCCGAAUUUGGGGACAAGGUACCUUGCAAUAGUGUGAAUUGUAGGAUCGAAAAAUGUGUAAAAGAUGGGACUGCCAAGCUGACCGUCCCAAAUCUUAGAGGCUUUCUGGGUAUUUGGAAAACCACCUGACUAGGCCUGAGUCCAGUGCGGUUAAGAGUGACAAUACAUCAACAACCGACGACUUUUGGUUUUUUUAUCAGGAAAAGACUGCACAUUCAGCAAACAUUCAACCAGCAUGCCCUGGUGAAGGUGGUGCAGCCAUUUGGCCAGGAAACAGCUGCUGCCAUCACCCAUAUGAUCCCUGUUCCCUGCUUCAAACACUCUCAGGAAACCAUUUUUGUGGAGCAUUUUUAAGGCCCUACAGAGUUGUUGACCCACAUGCUUACCCUGACAAUGCAAAGAAGGACUUCUGAGCAAUGGCCGCCUACUCUCCUGAUCCGGGCACCAGGAGAAUUCUCCAGUCACAGAAGCCUCUACUUCUGUCCAUCACCUCCAAAAGAGCAACUCAUUUCCUUGGAAAAAGGAUGCUCUAUCUUGAAGAGUAAACCCCUGAGAUUAUGCUUUGGCGAGAAAGGGCCCUUCACUGCUAUGCCAACAAAUAAAGAAUUGGAGCAGAAUUUCAUUUUUUCUCAAGAAAAGGGAGAGUAAAAAAAGGAGAAAGAAUUCAGGAAUGUUUGUUAGAGAAAGACAAGAAACAAUUUUAAAGGGAAAAAUCCCUGGUGUGUAUGAGAGGAACUUGGGAGAGUAAAAACGGUUAAGGGAAAAGAUUAAGUCACUAGGUGAGCAAUGUGCAGUGCCAGCCUCCUGCUAGGUCUCCUCUUUGGAGUACUCAGUAAAGUCUACAUUUUCUACAUUUCUGUUUAAUACUUUCUGUGAGUAGAUUCUUUGCAGGGGGAUGGGGACAUUGGAAGAAGUGUUGAAUUCAGCAACCCAAGGGGUAUGUGCUAAAAGCAGGUUUGAGGACCCAAAGUGAGUGAACAGAGCCAUCUGGCAUUAGUUAUAACCCAACCUCGGACAAAUGAACCAUGUUUGAAACAGCUCAAUAUUUGUUUGAGAAGAGAGCUGAAUCUAAGUAUGGAUAAACUAAACAAAUGUCUACCAUCUCAUAUUCUAACUUGAGAAGGAUGCUAUUUUCACUUUCCCCUACCCUCUGUGAGUGAGGUGCCUGCCUCACAUUGCUCCUAAUCUGUCUCUAUUCAGCAGUGCUCUCAAAGUCAAGGUAGAAGACACAAGGCAGCAUAGCUUUCAAAGGAAUCUGGUAGUGAGACAAAGAAAGGACAAGAGGAUAAUCAUUUAAUAGCUCAACUGAUAACACACAGGGAGUGAACAACUUGGGAAGUUUGAAGUUAAAUUCUGUUACUCCCUGAGUGUUAACCUCCCCCUGGGAAUGUUACAAGUAUAUAACACCAUCUGCGCAAGGCAAGCAAAUAAAUAAAUAUUGUACCUGCAAACUGUAGGCUGAAAAUAUAAAAUUUAUAUGCCUGAAACACAUACCUCUGUUAAUAAUUCAAGUGGAACUCACACACUCUGCCCUCCCUAUGCCACCUCCAAUACACACACACACACACACUCACACACACACACCCCUUCGUUAAAACACUCACACAAAGAGAACUUGUAAAACAUACAGGAGGAUGAUGGGUGAGUUGGAAAAUAAGCAAAUGUAGACUCAAUAUAUUCCUGUCCUUGGGAAAAUUCAUAUGACUUCUUUUACCACAUUUGGGACUGAUGCCUCCUGUAACCCCCUUAUGCAAUUCCUUCUUGGAAUCACCAGUUAGACAAAGGUUGACUCAGAGAAGGGACCAGCUCACCCAGGAGGGUUGAUAACAGCAGGCUAUGAAGAGAAGACAUACUGUGUUAACAGAAGCUGGGCAGAAUUUACCAAGCAAGGGAAGCUUCCAGAAUCCCUGGAAUACCACAUUGAUUAUUCUGACAUGAAAGGACAAAACCCUUACGUGGAUAGAGAAGUCAGUCAGUGUUACCUCCAGAAAGAUGCUGAGCAAUAGCUAAGCCAGUGUUGGAGCAGAAGCCCAAUGUAAGGCAAGGACUUGUCACAUGUGGUUAGAGCCCAGCCUCCUGGCUCCUAGCACCAUCAUUUCCCGCCAGACUUUACUAGCCUUACCAUUCCUGUAGCCUUACCAUUCCCAGGGUCCCAUCUUUCUGGGGACUGGAGCAGUCCCCAGCAUUGAGGAAUAGCAUCUGUUCUUCCUGGCCACACUCUAGUCACCCCAGGAUCAUCAUUCUAAAAUGAGAUAUAGAUGGCCCCUCCCCUUUUGUAGUUGUAGUACAUGGUCAAAUGACAGAAAAGGGCUAGGGUACCACAAUAUCAAAGCUCUCUCUCUAAAAACUGAAGGAAUAUUUGGUAAGGUCAAUAUUUUUUCCCAUAGAAAAAAUUAAAAGCUUGCUGUUUUCAUCUAAAGUUACACAUAAAUGUAUGUAUAUAUGUAGACUGAGUGGAUAUGUGUAUAAGUAUGUGUGUGCCAAUGUGUAUGUGUAUACAGAUAUGUCCAUCUGUGUGUACAUGUGUGUGUAUAUAUGCUUUCCCCUAGUAAUUGCAUUUCAGUUAUAUCCUGAUGAAGCUUGAUUCUUGCUCUGGAAACUACAACAUGAAUAUACACUUGUAUUUAUUUUUAAUUAUGAAAAGAACAGAUAAUAUUUCUCUCAUGCCUUACUAGCUAAUUUAAUAAUUACUAAUAUUUUGCAAUAUUGGCUUCUGCUUCUUUUUAAAAAUUAAGUAUGCAAGUCAAACUCCAGCCUCACUCCUCAGUGCAUUUUCCUACAACCUCCCAGAGAGAACCGAUGCCUGGAUACCUGUGUCCCCUUCACUUGCAUGAUUUUGUACUUGUUUUCCAAUAAGAAUAUGUAGUGUACUUUGUGUGGUUUUAAAAUUUUCAAUAAAUGAU